AUGAUGUCCGAACCUAUCAUCACUUCCUUGCUGGAUACAGACAUGUACAAAAUAACCAUGCAUGCAGCUGUCUUUACCAACUUCCCCACUGCGGAAGUCGUCUACAGAUAUACGAACAGAUCCAGUCAAAUGUCCUUCAAUGAACCUGCCAUUGCUUGGUUACGCGAGCAACUUGACCAUUUAAAAAAUUUAAGAUUUACUUCUGAAGAGUUGCAAUACCUACACACUGCCAUUCCUUAUUUACCUGAUGAUUAUUUGAAAUAUUUGGGAUCCCCUGAUUUUAAGUUAUCUCCAGAAUCCCAUAUUGAAUUUUCUCACCAUAAGAUUAAAGACGAUACAGACAAAUUUGAUGUAGAGAUCUUAAUCAAGGGUUUCUGGAAAGAUACCAUUUUAUAUGAAAUUCCAAUUCUGGCGUUGGUAUCCGAGGCAUAUUUCAAGUUCGUCGACACUGAUUGGGAUUAUGCUGGUCAAGUUGAAUUGGCCCAGAAGAAAGCCGACGAGCUACUUUCUAAUGGGUUGAUAUUCAGUGAAUUUGGGACAAGACGUCGCAGAUCAUUCAAGACUCACGAUUUGGUCAUGCAAGGUAUAAUGAAAGCUGUCGAUGAAGAUCCAGCCAGGAAUAAGAAAUUAUUCCUUGGUACUUCAAAUGUCUUAUUUGCAAUGAAAUACGGUGUAAAACCUAUUGGAACUGUGGCUCAUGAAUGGGUUAUGGGUAUUGCGUCCAUCUCAAAUGAUUAUAUAAAUGCCAAUAAGAAUUCCAUGGAUUAUUGGAUUAAGACUUUUGGUAAAGAAAAUUCAGGCCUUGCAUUAACAGAUACUUUUGGUACUGACGAUUUUUUGAAAUCCUUCAAACCACCAUAUUCUGAUGCAUACACAGGUGUAAGACAAGAUUCAGGUGAUCCAGAAAAAUAUACCAUUAAGGUUGCUCAUCAUUACCAUGACGUUUUGAAAUUGCCAAAGUUUAGUAAAAUAAUUUGCUUCUCUGAUUCGUUGAAUGUUGAAAAAGCCAUCAAAUACAAUAAGAUUGCCCACGAUAAUGGGUUAAUUGCUACAUUUGGAAUUGGAACCAAUUUUACCAACGAUUUCUACAAAAAGUCAAAUCCUGCCCAGAAAAGUGAACCUUUGAAUAUCGUCAUUAAGCUUCUUUCUGUGAACGGUAACCAUGCAAUUAAGAUUUCAGAUAAUCUGGGUAAGAAUAUGGGAGACAUUGACACGGUCAAGAGAGUAAAAGGUGAACUAGGUUAUGUGGAAAACACAUGGUCUGGUGAUAAUGAAGCCCACAGAUGGGCAGCAUGA